CAGCAGCGGGGCAGAGCUGUUAUUGUUAGUCCAACAGCAGAGGCUGCUGCUACAAACCUACUCUCUGUGUCUACUCCUUGGGACAAAUAUCCAACCCUUGUAACAGGCUGCUCCAUGUAACCCUGCCUGUCCAGCUUCACCGGCCCCUCACAUUACAACAGGCACCUACAUGUUUGCUCACAGGUUCCACACCAUGGACAGAGGCACCAUGAGCAGGGUUAUCCGUGAGAUGGAUCACUUGUCCCGAUUAAGCUCGGCCCCCCUGCUGCACAGGAGCCACCCCUACCUGCCAGACAUUGCUCGGGACACCAGUGAACAGCUCAAGCUCAUACUAGCCAAGGGCUCUUGGUCUGAUCAUGGGCAACACGAAUACCUGCAUGUUACACUCAACAACAUCCUCCGCAAGGCAGCGCACUGCAACGAGAUCCUUGGCCUCAACAGGGCUCCGCAAGGCGCAGAGAGCGCAGCCAGGAGAAACCUCACCAAGCUCUCACUGAUUUUCAGCCACAUUCUCGCAGAGCUCAAAGCCCUGUUUCCUGGGGGAAAAUUUCAGGGGAACACAUAUAAAAUCUCCAAACCUGAAGCCUCACAGUUCUGGACAAACACAUUUGGCCAAAGAUGCCUAGUGCAAUGGAGUGAGUUCCGAGCAGGACUUAACCAUGUGCACUCAGUUGGAUCUGGGCCUCUUGAGUCUGCCCUGCACAGCACAGUAGACCUCACGUGUAAUGACUACGUGUCUGUGUUUGAGUUUGACAUCUUCACAAGACUGUUCCAGCCAUGGAACACUCUUCUGCAGAACUGGAUGUUGCUAGCUGUUACUCACCCUGGUUAUAUGGCAUUCCUUACAUAUGAUGAGGUCAGAGAGCACCUGAAGAGCCACAUCCAGAAACCUGCCAGUUACAUCUUCAGACUAAGCUGCACACACCUUGGCCAAUGGGCUAUUGGCUAUGUGACGGCAAAAGGAGAAAUUCUACAGACCAUCCCACACAAUAAGCCCUUAUAUUUGGCACUUUUGGAAGGACAGAAGGAGGGGCUGUAUUUACACCCUAAUGGAUUGAGCAGUAAUCCGGAUUUAUCAGAACUGAGCAACCCUUCAACGAGCCCCAAGGUUCAGGUAUCACAGGAGCAAUGGGAUUUAUAUUCCCAGAUGGGUUCCUCCUUUGAACUGUGCAAGAUCUGUGUCGACAAUGAGAAGAAUGUCCGUAUAAAGCCGUGCGGGCACUUACUGUGUAAUGACUGCCUCUUAGCAUGGCAGAAGUCUGACGGACACACCUGCCCUUUCUGCCGCUGUGAGAUUCAAGGAAAAGAAGAAGUGCAUGUCCUUUCCCAACCAGAAGCAGAAGAGACAACAGCCUCCAGUGAAGCAAGCGAAGAAGACUGGAUCAGGCAGCGACCCCUUCCACCAACACCUAUCCCUGUGGCCUCAGCUCCCUCUAUACCUUCUGCCCCUCCUCCUUCUCUUUCACAUUCACCAACCCCCUUUGGGCUGCAAGUUGUGCCCCCUAUAACCCAGAGAUUGCAACUACAAGCCAAUGAUAUCAUCUUUGGAAGAACAGAAGCCUCUGGAGGCCCCAUGAACAGGACUCCACCGAUCCCACCAAGGAUAAGAUGGGACAGACACAGGGGACAGCCUUCCUUUCACACUGCUUAGACCCCAUUAUGUUCAACCUACACCCACAGAAAGCCCAUGGGUGCUGUCAUAGAAGUAUGUACCAGGUCUGUUAAUUCAUAGCCACCAAUCAGAUAUUUGCUUUCAAACAGACGACCUGAUUGGUUGCUACGGGAUACUAGAUUGGGUGCAAUCUAAUAUUACAUUGCUCUAGUGCAUACUUGACCCUCGUUACACUGUAUUUCACAUAGAAUGCACUUUAUGCACAAGGAACGCUGGCUCUUUUUGGUAGUUGGCAAAUAUGUUGUAUUAGGAUAUCUGGGACAGUGAUGGAACAUUAAUAAUAAACCUGAGACAAUGUCAUAAUUGUUUAUAAUAAAGGUAAAUGUUUCUCUA